CGCUAGAACCCGGUGUGCCAUCAACAAGAACAAUUUACAUCGAUAUAAUUGUUAUUCGAAUCAAUACGCCCCCACAACGAUCACAAUGUCCUCGCAAAACUGGGAUGAAUCCGUCCCACUGGCGUCAAACCACAAAGCUCCAUCAACAGGCCCACUUCCCAGCGACGUCGGCUUUCGACCUUCAAACAAUGGGCUUGUGACUGUGCAGCCAGCCCGCCUCGAGGACCUGCAGCCAAGUUAUGCUCAGGUCCUCAAGCAUCCCGAUGGCGACGCUAAUGUCCACGGCUGGUAUGCAUCCAUGAUUCACACCUUGGGCGAAACCAUUGGAUUCAUAGGCGCCAUCCCUUGCUGCUUAUGCUGCCCCAACCCCUUCAAGCCUAUUGAUCAGGGUGAAGUCGGCUUGGUGACGCGGUUCGGUCGCUUCGAACGUGCUGUUGACCCGGGUCUCGUGAAAGUCAAUCCUCUCAGCGAGCAUUUGACUACAGUCGACGUGAAGAUCCAAAUCGUUGAGGUUCCCCGCCAAGUUUGCAUGACGAAGGAUAACGUCACCUUGAAUCUGACCUCCGUUAUCUACUACCACAUUACCUCUCCCCACAAAGCAGCCUUUGGCAUCACAAAUAUUCGCCAGGCGCUUGUUGAGCGGACACAAACCACCCUCCGCCACGUUGUCGGCGCACGUGUGUUGCAGGACGUCAUCGAACGCCGGGAGGAAGUCGCCCAAUCGAUCGGAGAGAUCAUCGAGGAAGUUGCUUCGGGCUGGGGUGUCCGAGUCGAGUCGAUGUUGAUUAAGGAUAUCAUUUUCAGCAAUGAGCUCCAAGAAUCUUUGUCAAUGGCUGCGCAAUCCAAGCGUAUUGGAGAGAGUAAAGUUAUCGCUGCUCGCGCAGAGGUGGAAUCAGCCAAGCUCAUGAGGACCGCCGCCAACAUCCUCUCUUCCGCUCCCGCCAUGCAAAUCCGAUAUCUCGAAACUAUGCAGGCAAUGGCUAAGACCGCCAACAGUAAAGUCAUCUUCCUGCCGGCUAUCAACCAGACCGUCCAGGAACAACUCCGAACCGCUGAAGCCGCUGGAGAAGGCCCAAGUCAGUACGGUCAGAAUUACGAAGGGGACGCUGACGGCUUUCAGCAGGCAAUGAAAGCCCGCGUGGUCGAGGAUAUCUAGAGGUUUGCACGAUAAUUAUUGUCAAUAUCGUGAUCACUUCGUGCCGAUGUUGGCGGAUGGAAUGGAACGUUCUAAGGCUUAGCUUCAUCCCUCUCCACCGCCCUCCCCCUUCCCCCCCGUGCUCCCUCUCCGCCCCUAUUCUUCCUCCUUAAACAGCUUCAUUGACUUUAUGCAUUCUUAAUUCUCAGCAACCCCCUUCUAUUUUUCUUUUUCCUCUGGAACGGUCUAUUCUUCAGCUCUUUUCAUAUUGCAGCGAUACCCUUUCAUGAUCUGAGUCCUUUACUGUCUACGCUCUUUUUUCCCUACCUCCCUCUCUUCUGCUUUUUGUUUUGAUAUGUGCAUAUGUAUGACUUUUCUCCGCCCAGUGUACGCUUUGUAUUUAGCUGCUCAAUUUGGAUUUUUUUAUUUUUAUUUUAUUUCAUUUUUUGAAACUUCACUCCUAAUUUGGAUUAUCCUCCUCUCCGCUCACAAGAUUGGAAAAAUUGCGGGGUAGGCUGCAUUAAACGCGAAGUUAAUAUAUAAAAAUAUAGGCAAAAUUCCUGAGAG